AUGUCGUCCUCCCGUAAGGAUGUUAUCGUCCGCCAUACAAGGAAGCUUCACCCGGAUAUGUCUCGCGAGCGGCGAAAUCGCGAGUCUGAGCCUGCUGAGUCAUGCCACUCGUCGAUUAGAAACUCAUCGUCUCAGGUGCCAGAGCUUACCGGCUCGGAGACACGUGAUAUAAUCGCAACCUCUUUACCGGAAAUCCGCCAACAGAACCAACACUCGAGCACAUGUGAGGCUAUAAGUCAACGAGUGAUAGAUGAACUUCCAUUGAACAAUUUCACCUUUUCAAUUGAUGAAAAUCCCCUUCCCAACGCAUUAACUCCUACCACUGGCCGAUUGCUAGACUCUUUCUGUCAAAGCCAGAGCAAUGGGGCCAAUGAGGGGACACUAUUCCUUGGAACUCAGUUACCAUACUUGAUUCCUGCGAACGAAACUGCGAUGAGCGUUGCACCAUCAAAUAACCUAUCUCAAAGCCAGCAGAAGGUUCCGGACGAGCAACCUCUUAGCCUCAAUGAUGAAGAUUACGACAAUGCCAAAGCCAACGUAUCCUUAUCACUUUUGUGCGAGAAGCCUAUGAAUGACUGGUUCCCAUCGAAAUACGCGGUUAUUCGAUUUGUGAAAUCUUUUUUUGACAAUAUGGCUCCCCAUAUGCCUAUUGUUCAUGAACCAAGCUUUCGCGUUGCAACAGUUGCGCCACCACUACUCCUUCAAGUCAUGGCAUGUGGAGCCAUAUACCUCGGCGAACGCGGCAUUGCAGACGAGAUGCACGAAAUUGCCCUUCAGAGGGUCAUGCAAGAUCAACUCUUGUUGCUCUCCGAUGAAGACAAAUUCGAGCUUUGGGUCCUGCAGGCACUUUUAUUAAUAAACGUAUAUCGCCUUGGCUCUACGCCGCUGUUAAUGGAACAGCAGGAAAUCUAUCUAUUUCCACAUAUCACCAUGUUGGCAAGUCGAGCACUCAAGGAACCAAAGAUAUCACCUUCUGACUACCAACAAUGGGUCUACGAGGAGACUAUCGGCAGGUAG